AAAACGACCAUAGCUUCAGGGACAAGAACAGCAAUGGAUCUGGACGCGAGCCCUGCCAUCAACUUCUCGAAGGACCCGAACGCCGAGUCCUGCUGCAUCUGCGGCGAGGAGGAGGAGGAGGAGGAGGCGACGGAGCUGACGUGCCCCUACAACUACCUCGCCCCUGCCUCGUACGCUCCCCGCCGGGCGAGAGCUGCCGCCUGGAGGGAGUCCAGGAGCGCGCUGUCCGAGCACCGCUGGUACUUGCGGCGCUUCGUGCGCGUGAACAACCUACCGGGGAGCUGCCGUCCGGCGGAACUCGCCGGGCUGUUCGCCGAGUUCGGGCCGCUGCGGAUGUGGCACGUCGCCAUGGACGCCCCCGGAGCGUGCAAGGGAUUCGCCUGCCUCGUCUUCGAGCACCGAGAGCAUGCGGAGGAAGCUAUCGAUAGGCUCAAUUGCUAAAGUUUAGGCGGGCGUAGCUUGCGGGUAGACUGGGCUUACCCCAGUGCAUGACUGAGCAACAGUUAUGGCUCAAGAAAUUCCCACGCCAUUAAGUGUAAAUGAUUUGAGCGUGUAUUAACAUUGAAUCAGCCCAUGCUAGCCUCCUCCA